AUGAAGGAAAAUCCCAUUCAAAAGGCUGCAAUAUUAAAUGGCAUCCAUGCUCAAAAAAUAAAUGCAUUACAAGUAUCGGAUGCAAUGCCAUGUUCAUUAGGUGUUGCAGAAAAAGAUGACAAAAUGUGUAUUAUAAUACGUGCUCAAACUAAAAUACCAUGCUCAAAUUCAAAAUUAUUUAAAACCGUAUCGGACAUGCAAUCUGAGUUGAAUGUAAUUGUUUAUGAGGGGGAAGAUUAUGUCGCAUCGAGAAAUACAAAGCUUUGUGGAUUUACCAUUUCAAACAUACCGCCAGAUUCAGCAGGGACUCAAACUGUAUUAGUGACUUUGACUAUCAAUGAUGAGGGUAUGCUCAGCUUCUUAGGAAAGGGACUCACCGAAAAGACCUAA